AUGGCUGAUCCAGUUCCUCUCACAGAAACGGCAAUCAGACUCGAAAUGCCUGCUUUCAACUCAAACGUUCAGACGUGGUUCUUACAACUGGACGCGAUAUUCCAGGCCAAACACAUAACUUCGCAGCAAUCAAAAUUUGCGUCCGUGGUAGAGAAACUACCCGCGGAGGUAGCGGCUGAAGUAGCCGACAUAUUAACCUCUCUACCAAUAGACAAGCCAUACGAGACCCUUAAACAAGCAAUACUACACCGAUCUGUAUUCGACAAUCGGUCUGACGACUGUUAUACCUACAGCCAAUGGCUACGACGAGAUAAUUCGUCAGUACCAAUCGCUACUGUCACCGUCAAACAACACAUAAUGAACCUGCUGCGGAUUAAUGGAAAUCUUGAAAAUCCUGAUCAGAUAAUUGAGGGGAGAAAUUUUCUACCACUUAAUAUAUAUAAUGUUUAUAUUCAAAGACCAAUGCUAGGGAUUGCUGAAAAUGCUUAUCAUAUUCAGGAUGAAGAAGAGACAGCUCAGGAAGGCAGCCUUGCAGAAGCUGAUGAGACUGCAGCUCCUCUCCAAAUACCUUGUCACUCUAGUAGUAAUGUGCUACAAACAACUACUACACAAGUCAAGGCACCAACAGUAGAUCCUUGUAAAAUUUUGAAGAGUAUGGCUCCUCUUCUUUGUCAGAAUGGAGGCAUUAAAGGUGAAGAAGAGGCAGCUACUGUUGCUAGCUUGAUGAGAGAUGCCAAUAAAAUGGUUAGCAAGUGCAUUUAUGUGAAUGUUUUGAAGUCAACUGAUGGUCAAGAUAUUUUAGAAAAGUUUCUAAUUAAUGGUGGCUGGGAUAUCAUGAAUGAAUGGUUGCAUGAUGCCCGUGAAUCGGAGAAUACUCCUUUACUGAUGGAAAUUUUGAGAGUUUAUCACACGUUGCCUGUUACUAUUGAUAUUAUGAAAAAAAAUGAUGCUGCUAAAACAAUUAAGCAAUUGAGAAAGUCUGAAGAUGAAGGAAUAAAAAGUUUGGCAGGAGGAAUAGUGGACCAAUGGAUGAAGAAAAUUAGGGAGAAGAGCAACAUAGAAAAUAGUAAUGACAAAUCUGCCAAGAAAAAGAAGAAACAUGAAAAACAGGAAAAAACUAAAACUGAUUUCAAAGAAAAGAAAGAAUUAGAUGGGAAUGUUGAGCCUAAGACAAGUGAACCUUCUAUGGAAGGUUCUGUUAAAGCUGAACAAAUGGACACUGAACAGUCUGUGAUGGCUAAUAAAAAUAUAAAUAAGGUGCUCUUAGAUAAGGCGCCCAAAGAAGAGCGAAAACGGCCUAACACUGUAAAAUCAUAUCCCUCCAAAUUUAGGUCUACAGGUCUUGAGGAAGCUACUGUCUUACCACCCAAGAAGAAACCAAGCUCUGAUGCUAAUAUCAAGCCCUUACCAAAGAGACAUUUAUCUACUGAUUUACGACCACUAGACCAAAUUGUUGAUAAGAAACCUCGUUUGACUAUAGUGAAUCCUUUGACACCCAUUACUUCAACUUCCAGUUCAAGUAUUACAACCCAAAACUCGACCCCAACAACUGCAAAUUCUCCCACCUCUAUAGUAUCUUCACCAACUGAUUUACAUAAAUCUUUUAAGGGUCUAGCAAGAACCAGUAGACAGUCUUCUAUCCAUGAAAUCCAUGAUAGUAGUGGUUUCAUGGAAGCUCUUACUAGUGCAGGUCCAGUUCUUGGCAUGUUAAGGCGGAAAAAGAAACCAACAACAGUCAGCAGCAAGACAAACAGUCCUACAGGAUAUAAUAAGUUACCUCAGCUGCCAUCAUUUUAUCGAGAAACCUUAGAACCUAAUGAUGAUAACAGAUUGGAACAAGAGAAUUCUCCUCCAGAAGAUAAAAAUGGUGACUCGAAUGAUGUAGAAAUGAAAGAUAAAACUGAUGAAGUGAAUGUACAAGAAGGUGAAAAUUGUGUUCUUGGAGAGACAUCAGAGCUAGCAGCUGAUGGCAGUGGAGCCUCAGGACAACAGGCAACACUGGUGCGUAGAAAAUGCAAAAAAAGGGUUACAUGGGCAGAUGAAGGUCGCAAUGAUGAAUCCCACUUGCGGCAAAUAUUUUAUUUUGAGCUUGAUGAGACUGAACGAGAAAAUGUAAAUCGUCCGAAAGACUUUGAUGCAAUGAAAAAAGAAGAAAUGUUAAUGGACCGAAGGGCUGUGAAACGGUUGAGUCAUGACAUAAUGAAGGAACAAAUCAAUUGGCGAAGGCCUGUUCCUGUUGAAGGGAACAUGCUGACAGAAACUGGCUGUAGCAGUGUAGAAAAAGAAGUUCAAAAACAAAGAGAACAAGGUGUUCUUCAAGCACUCUACUUCUCUAAACAUAUGUUACCAGAUGGUCCAAGUGAACCAGAUUUGGAACCAGUUGAACCAGAAGAACACAAAAUUAUUCCAUUGGAAGAUGAACAGGCAGGUCUAAUUGAAGAACCAACAUAUUCCUAUGAUCAUGUUCAAGAAAUGACGGCAGUUGAAAACAUGGAACCAACAAGCACACCAGCAGUGAAUUUGCCGCCAGAACUUGCUAAUUUGAUGGCUUCUUUGCAGCCACAAACACAACCACCACCUCCAGAGAAUUCUGUUCCUGUUGAUCCCACACCAAGUCCUGUAGUAGCUAAUAUGCAAAAUCUUCUUUAUUCUUUGAUGGGAAAUUCUGGCAAUGAAUAUGGUAGUCAGGAUGAGAUGACAGAAAAAUUAAAACAAAUUCUUGAACCACUCAAGAAUCAGUUACCAGGUCUUGGUGGAGGCCCAGUACCCCCACCACAUCAUGAGUAUCCAGAAUAUAUCGAUGAAUGGCAAGAAGGUCCACCAGAUUGUCCACCUGGACCACGAGGUCCACACCCAGGGCCUCCAGGAAUGCCUGGUCCUCCUGGCCCUCCUUGCCCACCUGGUCACUUUGGACCUCCAGAGGAGGAAGAGGAGGAAUGCCUCCUGGCAUGCGAGGCCGUCCUGGGCCUGGACCUGGGCCUGGACGACGAGAUAUGCCAAAGAUUUGCCGACAUUUUACUUCACCAAAUGGUUGCCGAUUUGGAAGUAACUGUGCAUUCCUUCACCCUGGAAUUAAUGGACCCCCAUUAUAGCAAGAAAAAAGUAGCCUGA